UGCAAGUGCUUUUAAUGUUCAAAGACAUGGAGAAAUCAACAAUGUCAGUUAUACAAUUUGUGUUGCAUCUUCUUGCUCUUCAUCUUCAGUAUUCAGAGGUUCACUCGCUUGCCAAUACUUCUUCUCAUGAUUUUAGCUACUUGAAGUUUGUGUACAACGCUACUGAUACAAGCUUGGAAGGAUCAUAUGACUACAUUGUAGUCGGUGGAGGAACAUCAGGGUGUCCAUUGGCAGCAACUUUAUCAGAAAAAUACAAGGUGCUUCUUCUAGAAAGAGGCACUAUUGCUACAGAAUACCCGAAGACGUUGACUGCAGAUGGGUUUGCAUAUAAUCUGCAGCAACAAGAUGAUGGAAAGACGCCAGUCGAAAGGUUCGUGUCCGAAGAUGGCAUUGAUAAUGUGCGAGGCAGGAUCCUCGGUGGCACGACCAUAAUCAAUGCCGGCGUCUACGCCAGAGCUAACAUUUCAUUCUAUAGUCAAACAGGAAUUGAAUGGGACCUGGAUUUGGUCAAUAAGACAUAUGAGUGGGUUGAAGACGCCAUUGUGGUCAAGCCAAAUAAUCAAUCUUGGCAAUCUGUUAUAGGAGAGGGAUUCUUGGAGGCUGGUAUUCUUCCAGACAAUGGAUUUAGUUUGGAUCACGAAGCAGGAACUAGACUCACCGGCUCAACUUUUGACAAUAAUGGAACCCGACAUGCAGCUGAUGAACUGCUUAAUAAAGGAGACCCUAACAACUUGCUAGUUGCAGUUCAGGCCUCAGUAGAGAAGAUCCUCUUCUCUUCCAAUACAUCAAAUUUGUCAGCCAUUGGAGUCAUAUAUACGGAUUCUGAUGGAAACUCUCAUCAGGCAUUUGUACGCGGUAACGGAGAAGUUAUUGUUAGUGCAGGGACAAUCGGAACGCCUCAGGUUCUACUACUUAGUGGCGUUGGACCAGAGUCUUACCUAUCCUCUCUCAACAUCACGGUUGUUCAGCCGAAUCCUUACGUUGGGCAGUUUGUGUAUGACAAUCCUCGUAAUUUCUUUAAUAUUUUGCCCCCAAAUCCAAUUGAAGCCUCUGUUGUAACUGUUUUAGGCAUUAGAAGUGAUUAUUAUCAAGUUUCUCUGUCAAGCUUGCCAUUUUCCACUCCACCCUUUAGUCUUUUUCCUACAUCUUACCCCCUCCCAAAUUCGACUUUCGCUCAUAUUGUUAGCCAAGUUCCAGGACCUUUGUCUUAUGGUUCUCUCACCCUAAAUUCAUCAUCUGACGUGAGAAUCGCUCCGAAUAUUAAAUUCAAUUACUUUUCAAAUUCCACGGACCUUGCUAAUUGCGUUAGCGGCAUGAAGAAGCUUGGUGACUUAUUAAGGACAAAGGCAUUAGAACCAUAUAAAGCUCGAGAUGUGCUGGGAAUUGACGGUUUCAAUUAUUUGGGAGUACCUCUACCAGAGAACCAAACAGAUGAUGCAUCCUUCGAAACAUUUUGUCUAGAUAAUGUAGCUUCAUACUGGCAUUACCACGGUGGAAGCCUUGUUGGGAAAGUGCUUGAUGAUAGUUUCCGUGUUAUGGGGAUCAAAGCAUUACGCGUUGUUGAUGCCUCCACUUUCCCUUACGAACCAAACAGCCAUCCUCAGGGCUUCUAUCUGAUGUUAGGCAGGUAUGUGGGCCUUCAAAUCCUGCAAGAAAGAACGUUCUGAUUGAAGGCUAUUCAUGAUAUUCAAGACUCCCAGUUCCAACCGAGGAUCUUGGAUUUCCUUAAUUCAGCAUAUCCUUUGCUCUUUAAGAUAAUAAACCCACAAGAUCUGACUCAAUUGGGAUUAGGGUUUGGCUUGCAAAGAGGGAUUGGGCUCAUUUCCCUUGGCCAGAUGUUCCUCUCUUUUUUCUCGUUGAAUAAAUUGUAGAGUGCUGCUAAAUGAUAGCAAAAUAUAAAUAUUAUAGCAGCUCUCAUAUAAAUUAUAAAUUGUAGAGAUCUGACUCAUGUAGUGUACUUAGUAGUAGAGUGCUCCUUGUAGUGUACUUAAAUUACAGGGUGUACUCAGUUAAUUUUAAGGUUCGGUUAGCAGCACUCAUGUCGAGGUUCU